AUGAUGGGCAACAAAGGGGGCGUUGGAAUUCGAUUCGAAGUGAACAACUCCUCGCUCUGCUUUGUCUGCUGCCAUCUCGCUGCACAUCGCGAGAAAGUUUCGGCUCGCAACGCGGACUACCACAAGUCGGAAAUUGUGGGAUCCCACACCCUUAGGAUUUUGUCUGAAAUGGUGUUUUCCGCGCCAGCCACGCCUUUUUCGUCAUCGUCAUCAUCUCCUUCUGCUUCCUCUGCCUCCUCUGCGUCUUCUUUUUCAUCAGCCGACUUAACGGAGAGCAUUCCGAUCCUAAGUCAUGAUGUCGUGUAUUGGCUCGGCGACCUCAACUAUCGCAUCACCUCCGACGUCCCUUCCUCCACGGUCUUCCAAUACGCCCGCUCCUCCUUCUCUUCUCUCCUCAAAAAAGACCAAUUAGCCGUUUCGCAGCACGCCGGUUUCGCCUUCGUCGGUUUCACCGAGCCGCCUAUUUCCUUCCCUCCGACGUACAAAUAUCUCCGCGACGCCUCCAUCUACGACCAGCGUCCCGAGAAGAAACUCCGCGCGCCCGCCUGGUGUGACCGAAUUCUCUACCGAAUGCGCGAUCCCCCGCGGCCAAACCAGCAGAUCCCCGUGGUUAUCACGGAGUACGAGGCCGUGGAUUCGGUUCUGGGGAGCGACCACAAGCCUGUGUAUCUGCGGAGCGUUUUAUUGGUCAAAAAAUACGACGAAUCGCGGAUGGUCACGUGCCAGACCGAGGCCAGGCGAAGAAUUUUGGCGGGAGAAAAGGCGGGUUUGGUGCAGCCAGAGCUGAGCGCGACCGAAAUUGCGUUCGGUUGCGUGGCGUUUCAGUCGCCGAGUCGACGGACGAUUCGAAUUCGGAAUGCGGGCGAAACGAAUCUUUAUUUCCGGUUUUUACCGCGGGACUCGGAGAAUCACGUGGCGUUACCGAUGUUGGGAGUUUCGCAGCUGUUUGGCGUUUUGUUGCCGAAUGAAUCAAUCGAAAUCGAAAUCGUUCUGCAUGUCACCACGCCGUUCUUGAAGUAUGUGCACGAGAACGGAAUUAUCGAGGAUAUGAUGGCCAUUCGAAUCGAUCGCGAGCAUGAUCAUUACAUUCACAUCACCGCUUCUUUGUUGGCCACCUCCUUCGGACGGUCGCUUCCCGCUUUAAUCCGAAUGAAUCAGCCGGGUAGAGCUUUCCGUUCGCGCGUUAAGCGUAGCACGAGCUAA